AUGAAUACAAAAUCAACUAAUGUUGGUUCUACGGAUAAAGCGAUACUUCGUCGAUAUUUGGAAUUACCUCAACCAGACAAUAAAGUUAUGGCUACUUAUAUAUGGAUUGAUGGUACUGGAGAAAAUCUUCGAGCAAAAACUCGAACAGUUGAUAAAGAACCAAAAUCACAUAAAGAUUUAUCAUGGUGGAAUUUUGAUGGAUCAUCAACAGGUCAAGCUGAAGGUUCAAA